AUGCAUCAAAGAAAGUAUGCAUUGGACCAUAAUCAGAAGCUCACUACAGUGGAAUUUGAUCAUCAUAUAUCACCAACUUAUGCAGAUUCUGUACUUGGUGAUCCUACUAGUUACCAGAAACUCAUUGGGAGAUUGUUAUAUCUCACAAAAACAAGAUCAGACAUUGCCUUUGUUGUGCAGAGUCUUAGUCAGUUCAUGCACUCUACAAAGAAGUCCCAUUUGGAGGCAACUUUAAGAUUGGUUAGAUAUGUGAAACAUGCACCAGGAUUAGGAAUAUUGAUGUCAACUACAAAUGAUGAUCUUUUAAAGGUGUACUGUGAUGCUGAUUGGGGUGCUUGUGUAAACGGCAGAAGUAACAUGGUUGAUUGGCUUGUUCAAAGAGCUUGGUGUAGAGGUCAAGGUUCCUGUUUCUUUGUUCUCAGACAGUAA